UGCACCGCGGUGACUGGCAUAAACUUUAUUUUUUUAAAUGUGACAUUAAAAAAUACAGAGCCUGGUAGGAGAAACUACUUUCUCCCCACAGUCCAACUUCAGUAAUUAUUAACUCCUGGCCACUCUUAUUUCAUUUCUACCCCCAGAGGACUGGUUUAAUGUAAAUCUAGAUACCACAUCAUUUCAUCUCCGAAUAUUUCAGAUAUUCAUCUCUAGAUAUUUCAGUGUGUAUCUUCAAAGGAUGAGAAUGACUCUUUAAAGCAACAUAUCCACAUACUGUGAUCACAUACGUCCCAGAAGAUAAUACCUGCAUAAUUUUAUCAAACACACAGCCACGAUGAUCAUUUUUGGGGUGGACCCAGCAUUUCUGUAAGUGUUUGAAAAUGGGGUAUUUCACUCCCUGCUCUAACGUCUUCAUGCGUUAGGUGGGGUCCCCCCACAUGGACUAAGAGGAUGAGACACCAUUCAGAGUUAAGGUUUGAGGAGACACUUUCCAAUAUCCUGUGCACUUCUGAAUCAUCAGCCUUUUCUGCUGAGUUAACAUCGUGUGUGUGUGUGUGUGUGUGUGUGUGUGUGUGUGUGUUAAACUGCAUUAAGAUGGAAACUAAAAAAGGAAAACACUUAAAAAUAAACACACGUUUUCAGUUCUGGAAAAAAGAAGGGCCCAUAAGUCCCUCUGGUUACCAGUGUCCUGCUGGGAUUGCCAUAUUCAGGGGUGAGCUCAACCUUAUCAGGAGCCUGGUUGGGACCCCUUUGCAAAGCAAAUGCAAAAGAGUCUUGAAACUCCAUAUGAUGGAUGUUUGUCUGUCUGAUUCCCCCACCUCCCCCGACUCGGGAGGAUCAGGAUCGGAGGAGACUCUGCUGGAGCCUGAUCCUCUUGAGGGGUCCUGUGUGCUGACCUUUACACACCGGAAACUGCCUUGGGGAAGGGACACGUUUGUCUCUCUCAUGUUUAGAGCUGAAGCGCUCACUGGAAGGGAGGCCCAGCCGGAGACUGAACUAACCACAGCUCUGCGGCCUGCGGGAGGGUCCGCGGCUCAGCCCUGCCAGGCAGGAGAUGCUGGGGACUUGGCGGGGCCUCACUUGCUGCAGGAGGCUUGUCUGAGCCUCUUCAUGAAGCCUGAAGCGCUUGUUCAUAGAGGAGAAAGAAAACACAGAGUCACACAACAGAAAGAGGACAGCAGGGGCUGUCCCCGCCUGCCUGGGUCCCCCCAAGAUGAAGCCCCCACCUCCCCAUCCACUGGGAUCAGCGCAGCUUGCCUUGUGAGGGUCCCAGAGCCCUGUGGGGUGGGGGCAGAGCCUCAGGAGCAGGGGACAGCCAGAAGACAGGCAUCACUUUCUUUUCAAUUUACCUAAAAAAAUAUGUUUUUCCAGGACUGGGAUUGUACCCAGGGCCCUGUGUAUGUGA